AUGGUGGGCUGUGACAGCGGUGAGAUGAACUCAGAGGCCGAUCGGAGACAGGAAGUGAAGCUCUCGGGGUCUUUGUGUGUUUCAGAGCAGCACAUCAAUAACGACCACAUCCACGGGGAGAAGAAGGAGUUCGUGUGCCGCUGGGAGGAAUGUUCCAGGGAGCAGAAACCCUUCAAAGCUCAGUACAUGCUGGUGGUUCACAUGCGCCGACACACGGGGGAGAAACCACACAAGUGCACGUUUGAAGGCUGCUCGAAGGCAUACUCCCGUCUGGAGAAUCUCAAAACUCACCUCCGCUCUCACACGGGAGAGAAACCGUACGUCUGUGAGCACGAAGGCUGCAACAAAGCUUUCUCCAACGCUUCGGACCGAGCCAAACACCAGAACCGGACUCACUCCAACGAGAAGCCGUACGUGUGUAAGAUCCCCGGCUGUACGAAGCGCUACACGGACCCCAGCUCUCUCAGGAAGCACGUGAAGACUGUGCACGGCCCCGAAGCUCACGUCACCAAGAAGCAGCGCAGCGACGUGCCGCCCAGACCGCCGGCGCCCCGAGAGAACGGAGAGAACGAGACGGGACACAGAGACAGAAUCCAGAGAGAGGACAAGAUAUCAGACAGCAGCUCCCCUAGAGGAGUGGAGGACUACCUGCACGUCAAAUCCAUCAAGACGGAAAACUCUGUGAUGUAUCAGUCCAGCCCUGGCGGUCAGUCAUCAUGUAGCAGCGAACCAUCACCACUUGGCAGUACCACCAACAAUGACAGUGGAGUAGAAAUGGCGGCGCACAGCGGGGGAAGCCUGGGGGACCUCAGCACCUUGGACGAACUGCCCUUCGUGGAGUCCUUUGGUUUCGACGAUUCCCACGGUGGGGUCGCGGCGGCGAUGGGCCUCCACUUUCGGAAGCAGCUCAGCACCUGCCAGCACCUGGAGCAUCUGAAGAAGGAGAAGCUGAAGACAGUGAGGGACUCGUGUCGAUGGGCCGCCAACCCAACACCGCUGGCCGCCGGCACCAAGCUGCCACCCAUACCAGCAACCGGGUCCCUCCUGGAAAGUCCAAGUAUGGGUGGUGGUCCUGUGUCCUUCCCUGGUUCCGGCUUUGGUGAUCUGAGCUCCGGUAAAAUGACUCUGCUGGGAAGUCUUUCAGAGCGCCGCGACAGCACCUCCAGCACCCUGAGCUCAGUUUACACCCUCAGCCGCCGUUCCUCGGGCAUCUCCCCCUGCUACUCAAGCCGGCGCUCCAGUCAGGCCUCGCAGUUCGGCGCUAACCGCCCAAGCAACAUCAGCUCCGCCGACUCCUACGACCCCAUCUCUGCCGACAUCUCGCGACGCUCCAGCCAGACCAGUCAGUGCGGGGGAAGCAGCGGAGGAUCAGGAAGGUACGGAGGAGAGAGCCUAACUGGCAUCCUUAGCCUGACCCCUGCCCAGCACUACCGCCUCAAAGCUAAAUACGCUGCUGCCACUGGGGGCACCCCACCUACCCCUCUCCCAAAUAUAGACAAGAUGAAGUCUCACCAGACGUACGGAGACUUCCAGGAAUCCCCCACGUCAACCAAUGGGCUGUCCUCCAGGCAGUACAGCAGCUACACCACACGGAGCUUGAUGCCCCAUGAGGUCCCGUCAAACAUCCCCCGCCGAGCCAGUGACCCUGUGAGACGGGGGGCUCUAGAUCCUCACAGCCAGCCGCAGAUGCAACGCUACAGCAGCAUGGGAACGCUGAGCGGAGCGGCGCAGCCCCGUCCGCCUCCUGCAGCAGAUCGGCAGCAUCUAUCUCAUCAAACCUUCCUGCGAUCAGAUGGCAGUCUCCUCCGCUACCCUUGCAGCCUGCGACCGCCAAGCAUUACGGAGAACGUCGCCAUGGAGACGAUGACAAAUGACAUACCAGAGGAAGACGUGAUGCUGCCGGGUGACGCGGUGCAGCGCCUCAAAACUGAGAACGGAGACGCGACAAACAGAGUGUCGACACAUCAAGAUUUCCAAGGAAACCCUCUCCAGCAGCAGGCGUACUAUCAGAGAAGGAUGGCCGUCGUCGAUACCAACAUGAACCCGCCGACUCUUUUAGCCACUUCCCGCCUGAGUCCAGGGCAGCAGCAACAGACGUGUCCAUCUUCCCCAAGGGGCAGUAAGGCCAACGUAUCCGUUCAGUGGAACAAAAGCUCUUUGGGACCUCUGGACGUCUCCCAGCACCCCUCCAAACUGCAGGUCGGUGGAAACCUGGCGCUCCUCCAGCAGAACCAGAACUUUGGAUCUUUCCAGAACAAUCUCAGCUCGAACCAGCAGAUGAUUCAAAACCUGCAGAGAUACAAACAGCCAAACGCUGAACCAGGAGCAAACUGUCUCCAGCAGCAGAGAUUUCAGCAGUCGUCAAAUCUCAACGAAGCAAUUAGCUCUCAGUACAUGUUGAAGCAAGGCAUCGGACCCUACGAUAAAAACGGUAACACCACUUAUCCAACGGUGGUCAACGGGGGCCUGCUAACCUGCAAACAGGAGCCAGUCGACAUGCACUUUGCUGAUGCUGGAUUUCAGUCUGUGCAAGUCAAAAUCGAGGACUGCGAAGAAUCAAUCCUGAUUUCAGAUCAGCAGAACUGUAAAAUUCCCUCCCAGAGUCCUUUGCAAGCUGGGAAUCAGAGCCAUCUCCAGCCAAGGCCUCCUGCACAACCUAAAUCUUUAAACAGGCACCUUCCAAGGCCAAAGAUUCCCCAGCAAACAAGGCACAACCCAGAUGCUACUCCCAACAUACCCAAUAGUGGAGUUAUUGGAUUUCAUUGUGGCGACAGCUCUGACGACAACGCUCUGUACUACACGGGGCAGAUCCAAGUAUUCGAGUCCAAUGGAAACUUGGACCAUCGUGUGGUGGAUGUACCUCCGUUUGAAAAUGAUGCAACAGCUUCCAGUUCAGGCACCAGCCAGACGGCCAGGACCACAGACUCUAACGCAGUGCUGGAGCAGGCACAGAUAGACUUUGACAGCAUGCUGGAUGACGGGGAUCACUCCAGCCUCAUGUCAGGCACUCUGAGUCCAGGUCUGCUCCAGAGCUUGUCCCGGAGUUCGUCCCGCCUGACGACACCCAGGAACUCGGUCACGUUGCCGUCGGUGCCGGCGGGGACGGGGAACAUGGCGAUCGGAGACAUGAGCUCCUUGCUGUCGGCUCUGGCAGAAGAGAGCAAGUUCCUCAACCUGAUGUCUUAG